AUGACUGACAAGCUCCCGCCGAAUCUGCUGGCGCUUUUCGCGCCGCGACCUCCUCUGCGAUGGGUUGACCCUCCAGACUAUGCGCCCGAGAAGCGCAAGACUGCCGCAAUCGAUGGCGUCGCCGCGUUUCUCCCACAGCUUCAGCAUUACAAGGAAACGGAUGUAUACGAGCCCACAGAGAGUUGGCUUGAAGCGAGGGACAGAAAGAAGCAGGAGAAGAAGGAAGCAGUGCAGCAGCUGCUGACUGUGGCUCCUAAACUCUACAAACCUACUGAAGACCCCAACAUUCGUGGCGAUGCUUUCAAGACUCUGAUCGUUGCGCGAUUGAGCUACGACGCUGAUGAGCGCGAUUUGGAACGGGAGUUUGGACGAUUUGGUCCAGUCGAGCGCAUUCGCAUUAUUACCGAUACACACGCGCACGAGAAGCCCAACAAAAAGAAGAAGCCGCACCGCGGAUACGCGUUUGUGGUCUUUGAGCGGGAAAAGGACAUGAGAGCUGCUUUGGAUUCAUGUGAUGGUAUUCGCAUCAAGGAUAGACGAAUCAAGGUAGAUGUAGAGCGAGGACGGACGGUCAAGGGAUGGAAACCUCGUAGGUUAGGUGGCGGUCUUGGUGGUCGCGGCUACACCAAAUCCAUGCCAUCACGGCCUGGUGGUCCAGGCGGAUUUGGUGGCGGCGGCCCCGGCGGCCCCGGCGGCUUCCGCGGAGGCUUUAAGGGAUUUGACGGCGGUCGAGGUCGCGGGGGCUUCCGUGGCGGCUUUGGCGGCCGCGGUGGUGGCUUUAGAGGAGGCGAUUCCGGCCCCAGGGGAGGAGAUAGGAACGGCUUUGGCGGCGCACCAAGCGGAGCUCCGUCCGGUCCUGGAGGCGAUCGCAGAAACGGCGACCGCGGUUUCUCUGGCGGCUUCGACGCCAGAGGCGGACGAGGCUUCGACGACAGACCCGGAGGUGGCUUCCGAGAGGGAGGAGGUCGACACGGCGAUCGCGAUGGUGGGCGCCGCACCGGCGGAAACAUGGAACCAAUCGGACGCAGAGACGGUGGGUAUCGCGAAAGAGAUCGUGACCGCGACCGCGACCGUGACCGAGACCGCGACAGAGACCGAGCAGCCCGAGACUUUGACAGGCCGCGGGAUGACGACAGCAGGAAACGAGGCUACGAAGGCGGCGGUCACGAAGACCCCAGAAAACUACGACGAUAUUGA